AUGAAAUCUUACGCGGAGGACUCCGACUCCGACUCUGAGGUCGACCGGGCCAUCGACUCGGAGGAUGAGGUGGACCUCGUCGGGCUCAGUGAAAGCUGGGACGAGGUCAAGAAGACCCCUUCUGGAUCGAAGGCUGCGGCUAGGAAGGCUGGUGUCAAUGCGGCGGUCUCGCGAGUGCGCAAAGAAAACUUCAGUGCGAUGAUGGAGAUCAUCGAGACUGAGCCCAACCAGUAUGAGGCUUGGGUGAAGAUCACGGAAGAAGCGGCUUGGCAUGAGGGCCAUAAGAUUGCUCAUUCGCGCCGAGCUGAGCUGCGCGAGAUCGCGCUCAACGCGAAGGCCGAGAUGAAGCAGUCUCACGACCUGCAAGCGGCGCAAGAUGCAGAGGAGAUGCGGAAGAUGCUGGAGGGGCUGGCAAUCCAGCAGACCAAAGAGGAAGAAGAGGCCCGGCGCAUCUUCAAGGAAAGGGAGGCGAAGCUGUGGGCGGAUAUUGACGCCGCCCUGAAACAUACGCAGGAGCUCGAGGCGCAGAAGCGCAAGCUGGAUGGCGCUCAGCAGCGUCUCGCCGCCGCUGAGGCCCAAAAGCGGAAAGAUGCCGCCGCAGCCGCUGAGGCUGCAGUGCAGGAGGAGGCCGCCAGCAAGGCGAGAGCGGUGGCGGAGAAGGCGCGGGCCGACGCGCUCGCCAAGGCCCAAAAGGAGCAGGCGGAGGAGAGGAAGCGGGAAGAGGAGGCAGCGAAGCGGAAAGUCGCAGACCAACGGGGACUGCCGGGUGCCGAGUGGAAGGCAUACGUGAACAAGCAGCGGUGGAUGAAGGCGGAGGUGAUCGAAAAAGCGAAGGCGGAGGGUGGGGUCCGGGCGGGACUGCGAAAGGGUAUGCGGUUGAUGACAAGGGGUCUGGGCCAGGUGGUGAAUACGAGGGAGUCGGUCGUUCGUGUCACCAACGACAUUGCCGCCAUCCUCAAUGAUCAACUGCCCGCGCCUCCAUCUACAAGCUCUCCGAUGCUCCUCUCCCACCCUCCUCCCAUCGCCUACUCGUACCUGCUCUCACACCUGGCAAAGUCAAUCAUCAAGCAGGCAGAGUCAGAAGUCUCUGCCAAGCAAGAUGCGGCAUUCCCCUUGGCUCGAAUCGUCGUUGGUCUCCUCCUCCGUGGCCAUGCUGCCUUCGGCGAGGUGCUGUUCGCGCGUUUCGUCAAGAAAUGUCCGUGGAUCGUGCCUUUCUAUCCCAGCCGCCAGCCAGACCAACCUCGUGCGGAGUACGAGAAGUCGACCGGCCGCAGUACAGACGAAGGUCUCGCAGACUAUGUCUCGCGCAUGGCCGGUAUCUCCACUCUCUACUUCGCCAUCCUCCAAACCCCUCUUGGCUCACUCAUGCGCUACAUCCCCUCCCCACCGAGCCCGGACGAGCUCCUCGUCCUCGUUAUCCCGCCCCUCCGUCUCCCCGCCGCGUGGACGUGGAUCUCUUUCGCCCUCCGAGACUCGAUGCCGUCCCUUCCGCCCAUCGCGACGAUCCUGGCGAGCUGGAUCGAGGUGUGCGGGUUCGCCGUCGGGCGGACCUUUGGCCUCACCCAGCUCACCAAGGUGUACGAGGCCAUCAAGAAGGAGGGACUUGGAGAGGGGACUAUCAAAGGGGAUAGCGAGGCCGCGAGGCAGAGGUUGGCGAUGCUUCUGGACGGACCGUGGCAGGAUCACGAGCCACAGGGGCGGCACUGGGAGUGA